CGUGACGCGAGGCCCGCCCCGUGACGCGAGGCCCCGCCCAGCGGCGCCCGCUUCCAAGAUGGCGGUGACGAUGCCUGCCAGGCUGUCGGGGUGGCGGUGACGACGGGAAGCAGAAGAACAGCUCCCAGGUGCUCGAGCUCCCUGCACCUGCGGGGCUGGCUCAUAGGCACGUGAAGAACGGAAAGGGACACCGUUCCUAGUCUGCCCUGGGUUCUCCUGAGGCCGUUCCACAAUCCUGUCGUGACUGCCUCCCCCCUUGGCAAAAAUAAUGUCUGCAUUAGCAGUCCCGUCCCCACUCCCCAAACAGCUGGUCCCAGGAUCACUGUUGGAGUGCUGGAUGGAGCCUUUCUCUGUCCUCUGUGACAUUUCCAAUUUAGAUAAUGCCUCACAUCUCUGCCCCCCCGGGACCCCCUGAAGUCUCAUGAUCCCGAAGAGACAGCUUGAACCUAGACCUGAGCCCAGAAUGUUGCGGAGGCUGCUGGAGCGGCCCUGCACGCUGGCCCUGCUGGUGGGCUCCCAGCUGGCUGUCAUGAUGUACCUGUCACUGGGGGGCUUCCGAAGCCUCAGUGCCCUAUUUGGCCGAGAGCAGGGGCCGACAUUUGACUAUUCUCAUCCCCAUGAUGUCUACAGUAACCUCAGUCACCGGCCUGGGGCCCCUGUUGCCCCAGGGGCCCCUCCAGCUCCUCAAGGUCUGCCCUACUGUCCAGAACGAUCUCCUCUUUUAGUGGGUCCCGUGUCCGUGUCCUUUAGCCCGGUGCCAUCACUGGCAGAGAUCUCGGAGAGGAACCCCCGGGUGGAACCGGGGGGCCGCUACCGCCCCGCGGGGUGUGAGCCCCGCUCCCGCACGGCCAUCAUCGUGCCCCACCGGGCCCGGGAGCACCACCUGCGCCUGCUGCUCUACCACCUGCACCCCUUCCUGCAGCGCCAGCAGCUCGCUUACGGCAUCUACGUCAUCCACCAGGCUGGAAAUGGAACGUUUAACAGGGCCAAGCUGCUAAACGUUGGGGUGCGGGAAGCCCUGCGUGAUGAGGAGUGGGACUGCCUGUUCUUGCACGACGUGGACCUCCUGCCCGAGAACGACCACAAUCUGUAUGUGUGUGACCCCCGGGGACCCCGGCAUGUUGCUGUUGCCAUGAACAAGUUUGGAUACAGCCUUCCGUACCCCCAGUACUUUGGAGGAGUCUCGGCGCUCACUCCUGACCAGUACCUGAAGAUGAAUGGCUUCCCCAAUGAAUACUGCUGGGGUGGUGAGGAUGACGACAUUGCUACCAGGGUGCGCCUGGCUGGGAUGAAGAUCUCUCGCCCCCCCACAUCGGUGGGGCACUACAAGAUGGUGAAGCAUCGUGGUGAUAAGGGCAACGAGGAGAACCCGCACAGAUUUGACCUCCUGGUCCGUACCCAGAAUUCCUGGACGCAAGAUGGGAUGAACUCGCUGACAUACCGAUUGCUGGCUCGAGAGCUGGGCCCUCUCUAUACCAACAUCACAGCAGACAUUGGAACUGACCCUCGGGGUCCCCGGACUCCCUCUGGUCCCCGUUACCCACCUGGUUCCUCCCAGGCCUUCCGUCAAGAGAUGCUGCAGCGCCGGCCCCCAGCCAGGCCCGGCCCUCUGCCUACUGCCAACCACACGGCCCCCAACGGUUCACACUGACUCGUCCUGCCUGCCCACCUCAAUCAUGAAACCGCAUCAGACGGGUUGUACUCUCCCCACCCUCAGGUCCUCACUGCUCUUAGAGGGAUGUGGGGGGACACAACUCCAGGGCUGCGCUGGAGGCCAGGGCCUCUCCUCACUGCUGGACUGGAGCUGGGCUCCUUCAGACCUGGGGGUCCCUCUUUCUAGGGUCACCUGCCAGGGCUUAUGACUGUGAAUCCUUGGUGUCAUGAUUUUAUGUGAUGACUCCUGAGAGUCCCUGGCCCCUGGGUAAGAGCAGGGCUGGACCCCAAGUCCCUUCCUCUUCCAUGGAGAGAAGAGCAAUCUGGCUUUUCCCGGGACCUCUGUGAAUAUUUAUUCUAUUUAUGGUUCCGAGGAAGUAUGUUUGGUGAAGGAAGCCCCUCCCUGGGUACUUUCUGCCAGUGCUCGAGUAGCUUCCUCUUCUGGACCUGGCUCAGGGGGCUGGGAUUUUGAUAUAUUUUCUAAUAAAGGAGUUUGUCUUGCCUCUG